AUGCUAGCAGCUUACAUCGUUCUUCUUAUGGGUUUGCUCUGGAUGACUGAAGUGAUACCACUUGCCGUAACCGCGUUUCUUCCUGUCAUUUUCUUCCCGAUUUUCGGUAUUUUACCAGCAAAGCGAGUAUCAAUAUUUUACUUGACGUUUGCAUUCAUUAUAAAUUCAUUAAAGGAUAGUAAUUUCGUUUUUGUUGGAAGUAUCAUAAUGGCUGUUGCAGUUGAAGAGAGUCGCUUACAUGAGCGAAUCGCUUUAAGAGUUUUAACAUUUACCGGUUCCAAUCCAAGAAGAAGGCCAAGCAAGGCAUAUAUCCAUAUGUUAUUACUAGGCUUCCAACUAACAACAGCAUCGCUAUCAUUGUGGAUCAGCAACACGGCAGCAACGGCCAUGAUAGUACCAAUCGCUAUGGCUGUAUUCAAAGAACUAAGAAUACAUAAUGAGUUUAAGCUAAGAAAGAUUGAAAAUAUUCCAUUACAUUGGGAAUUGGUGAAAAAAGAAACAAUAUUUGAUUUCCAGAACAUUCCGAGGAGAGAAAAGAAUAUUUAUAAAACAUUUUUUAACAUAUUCCAUGCAAUUCUUUUAUCGAUUUGUUACUCGGCAACAAUUGGAGGUACUGGCACUCUUAUUGGUACAGGUCCAAAUAUUGUUCUCAAUGGAUUUUUAGAGAAGAUAUAUUCGAGUGAAACUCCGAUUACUUUCGCUACUUGGAUGUUAUUUACUAUACCACAAAUCAUUUGCAUUCAACUUUUCUGUUGGCUUUGGCUGCAAUAUAUUUUUAUACCAAUCAAAUUCGAUGAGAGGUUGGUACUUAUAUUGUUUAGUUGCCUCGUUUUUUUAUGGUUAUUUCGAGAACCAAAAGUUGUGCCAGGAUGGAGCUCCCUAUUUUCACAUCAUUGUAUAUCAGACGGUACUGUAGCAAUGUUGAUGGCUUUCUUGCUUUUUAUUGUGCCAUCAGAAAAUCCACUAAAGCCACCGAGAAAUGGACAACAAUAUAGUACACUGAUGACAUGGAAUAAAAUGAAGGAAAAAUUUUCUUGGAGUACCAUUGUUGAAAAAAGUGGACUAUCCGAUGUGCUUGGCUCUCAGCUUGGCUCAUUUACUUCACUUCCACGAUGGCUUUUUAUUUCUGCAAGCUCCACACUUAUAACAGUUAUCACUGAAUUCAGCAGCAACAUUGCAACAGCAUCGAUUUUCAUACCACUUGUCAACUCAAUCGCGAAACAAAAUCGAACAAAUCCACUUUUUUAUAUUUUGCCUACAACAAUGGCUUGUUCUUUCGCAUUUAUUUUGCCCGCUGCUACGCCACCGAAUGCCAUCGUUUUCAGUUCAAAAAUGGUGAAAGUUGUCGAUAUGGUGAAAGCAGGUAUUGUCAUGAAUGCAUUUGCAAUGGCAGUGGCUGUUAUUUGCACAUACACCUAUGCUUCGAUAUUAUUUGAUUUACAGUCAUAUCCUGACUGGGCCGAAUAUAAUCAUACAUCGAGUCAUUAA